AUGCAUGCAAUGUCCAAAGCGCACAUCCACAUCGCUGCCUGCACUUGUUGGGAUGGUGAGUCAGCGCUCCAGAUGAGAGCCCGGCCACGUGCCGUCUCCACCAGUGUGAGCUGUGGGGUUCCCAUGGUCACGGCGAGGGUGGUCGUAACAAGGGGGGUUAAGCUUGCUGGACUCUUACUGGAGCUCUCUUCGCGGGUAGAUAUAAUUGAAAUUAGAUAUCUACAGCAGCUGCAGGGAAACUGGAGCUGCUCUCUUGGGCCAAGUGAAGGAUUGGAUUUAAAAAAAAAAAAAACAUUUUUUACUUUUGGCCUUUAUAAAGACUUCUUCCUGGAAAAGAUUUGCUUCGCUGGCGAUGGAGCCUUGUAG